AUGUCUGCUAUUGCACCAAUUACAAAUACUUUGAGAAAAAGAGCUACUCUAGAUAUAUUAAUGGGUUUCACAAUAGGUGGUGCUAUGGGUGCUUAUUGGUGGUGGGGUUUCCACAUGGACGUCAUCAACAGAAGAGAAGCUUUUUAUGCUGAACUUGCAGAAAAGAAGAGACAAGAAAAUGCUUAG